GCCGUGACAACCAAUCGUAGCGCGGGAACCGCGCGGUCCCCGGCGGGGUGGGGCGUCGCUACCGGAAGCGGCCCGGUCCCUCAGCGUCGCUUCCGGUGCCGCCGCCGCCGCCGCCCUGCGCGGGCUGUCGCGGCCGCGCGGCGGCACGAGGACGCCGAGGGACCCGCACCGGCCCCCAUGAGCUUCGCCGCCGCCGCCGCCGCCUCCAUGGCGUCCCGCAAAGCCGCCGCCGCCGGGCCGGGCACGGGGCUGGCCGCCGCCGCCGGCCGGGAGAGAGCGCACCUGGAGCUGGCCGAGCUGGGGCCGCUGCUGGAGGAGAAGGGGGAGCAGGGAGCCGUCGGCCCGCCCAGCGCUGAGGACCCGCCGUGCCCAGCAGCCCGUGAGGAAGAGGAGGAGGUGGUUCGUGUGCUGACUCUGCCCCUGCAGGCUCACCACGCCAUGGAGAAGAUGGAAGAGUUUGUGUAUAAGGUGUGGGAAGGGCGCUGGCGCGUGAUCCCCUACGACGUGCUGCCCGACUGGCUGAAGGACAACGAUUACCUCCUGCACGGGCACCGGCCCCCGAUGCCGUCCUUCCGAGCCUGCUUCAAGAGCAUCUUCCGAAUACACACCGAGACGGGCAACAUCUGGACGCACCUCCUGGGUUUCGUCUUGUUCCUCUGCUUGGGGAUCCUGACCAUGCUGCGGCCCAACAUGUAUUUCAUGGCUCCUCUCCAGGAGAAGGUGGUGUUCGGGAUGUUCUUCCUCGGCGCGGUGCUGUGCCUCAGCUUCUCCUGGCUUUUCCACACUGUCUACUGUCACUCCGAGAAGGUCUCGCGGACGUUUUCAAAGUUGGAUUAUUCAGGAAUUGCACUGCUGAUCAUGGGGAGCUUUGUCCCCUGGCUCUAUUACUCGUUCUACUGCUCCCCGCAGCCAAGACUCAUCUACCUCUCCAUCGUCUGCGUCCUGGGCAUCUCCGCCAUCAUCGUGGCUCAGUGGGACCGGUUCGCCACCCCCAAGCACCGGCAGACAAGAGCAGGCGUCUUUCUGGGGCUGGGGCUGAGCGGCGUGGUGCCCACCAUGCACUUCACCAUCGCCGAAGGCUUUGUGAAGGCCACCACCGUCGGCCAGAUGGGCUGGUUCUUCCUCAUGGCCGUGAUGUACAUCACGGGCGCGGGGCUCUACGCCGCCCGCAUUCCUGAGCGCUUCUUCCCGGGCAAGUUCGACAUCUGGUUCCAGUCGCAUCAGAUCUUCCACGUGCUCGUGGUGGCUGCAGCCUUCGUCCACUUCUACGGGGUGUCGAACCUGCAGGAGUUUCGCUACGGACUCGAGGGGGGGUGCACAGACGACUCUCUCCUCUGAGAGCGCCUGGUUUUAGUACAAGCUUCCUAAGUGCUUUUUAAACUCUGUCUUUGCUAAAAUCAAAGGAAGACUCAAAACUGGGUUGUUUUUUUUUUUAAGAAAAAAAAAAAGAAACCUUUAGCAGAGUUCUGUCGACCAAAUCCUCACCCCCUUCCCUGUGCGCUUCGUUGGGGCCGAGGGGAGGCAGCGCUGGCCCCGGCAGCCCCCUUGCCGCAGUGUUACGGCCUCACCUGCUCCAGGCCGUGUUCUGGCAGCACCGAGGCCGUCCGCCCUCCCCAGGCAUGCUGAUUUCCGAACGCAGAGGGCGCGGGGGCCACGCUCCCGGCACAGCCGAGCACCCCCUUCCCGAGCUCACCGCCGGAGUGAGCCGUCACGCACUACCGGGCCCAGGGCCGGAGAUUUUGCAUUACCCCUCGCAGCAGAGCUGCCUUCCUGGGGACAGCUCUGCGGCCCCCAGCGCUGCUGCCCAGGGCACAGGCACAGAUUCACGUAAAUUAAGUUUUAAUGGUCUUUUUUUUUUUUUCCUUGACAAAAUAAUGUAAACAUAAAUGAGAGAAUAUUUAAUAUUUAAUACUAAGCUUUAAAAAGACUUGCUGCCACCGCAGUGUACUCGGCUCCCUCGCUGUCUGUGGUAGUGAAGGAAGGACAGUGUUCUAGGGGAAUGUAGAGCUGCUGUAGCUGAUUGAAAUAAAAAGGUCAAUAGUUCAGUGUCGUG